CUGUCGUUUUUUGACCUUGCUCCACUACUACUAUACAUUUAUGGGAUAUUUAUCUUUCUUCUCCUUCUUCCCACAUUAUCACUCUCACUGUUCUGUUCUCUUCUGCACUGCAAAAAUCUCAUCUUUCAAUCUCUCUCUCUAAGAUUCCGACGAUGAGUUCUCAGAUUUUCCGAUCUGCUUCCAGAGCCGCCAGGUCGAUCGUCAAUGCCUCUAAGAGCGCUCGGUUUUUCUCCGAGGGACGGGCUGUGGCUGCUGCUGCCGCUGUAUCCGGCAGGAGCAUAGCUUCAAACUUUGGAAGGGCUGGUUCUGAUAACGCAUUCAAAACAUGGAUCUCUGGAGCUCUUGCCCUCCCUGCAGCAGCCUACAUGUUCCUGGACCAAGAGGUUCACGCUGCAGAGUUUGAACACACUUUUAUCGCUAUCAAGCCUGAUGGGGUGCAAAGAGGACUGAUUGCAGAAAUCAUCUCCAGAUUCGAGCGAAAAGGGUUUAAACUAGUUGCCAUAAAAGUUGUGAUUCCUUCAAAGGAAUUUGCUCAGAAGCAUUAUCAUGAUCUGAAGGAAAGACCCUUCUUCAAUGGCCUGUGCGACUUUCUUAGCUCUGGCCCUGUUGUUGCAAUGGUAUGGGAAGGAGAGGGUCUGAUAAAGUAUGGUCGCAAACUCAUCAGCGCCACAGAUCCACAAAAAUCAGAACCCGGAACCAUCAGAGGUGACCUAGCAGUUGUUGUUGGAAGAAAUAUCAUUCAUGGAAGUGAUGGUCCCGAGACUGCGAAAGACGAAAUCAACUUAUGGUUCAAACCAGAGGAGUUGGUUUCUUACACAAGCAAUGCAGAGAAGUGGGUCUAUGGUGUUAACUGAUCAAAGUCUUUUGUUUUCUAAUACGUUUUCGGCUAUGGUAGACUGGUAGUUUCCCCACAUGAAGAGUAGAAUAAAACUGAUUGUUACAAUAAAACUGUUCCGUUGAGGGUGAGCAGAAAUUUGCUUCGCACAAACAGUUUGCGAAAUGAAAAUCUCAUCAAUAAUAAUUUCUUAUUUUUAUUUAUUUAAUCCCAUUUUGCCACAGUAGUUGUCUUCCACAUU